GUGACUACAUCUAGUUCUUGCUCCUUAAGCUCUUCAGAAACAGCCAUGGAAUCUACAAAACAAAAUCAAGCGGCACAAAUUAAGGAGGAACGGAGGACCCAUCUUUAUCCUGUAUCCGUGGAGGCUUGUGUCGCAUGAUCUCCAAGGCCGCCUAUAAGCUGAAGCCAAGGAGCCCACCGAAAGCAGGAGCCCAUGCAAUGUUUUUAUCCUUUAAUGUUAAAUAUUGAAGCCGUGGAUGCAGGAAAUGUAUAUUGUGCGCCACUGAAAGUGUUUUAUAGAAUAUGAAAUGCUAAAGGUGCCAGGCCUGAUUUUUCUGUUGGUUAAGCAGCCUUGGAGGUUAUUUAAGUUGGGAAGCCCCCAUGCUUGAGGGUGAAAGGAUAUCCUAUAUACAGUAUGCGUGUGUAUACACACACAUACACACAAGUAUAUAUGUGUGCGUUUAUAUGUGUGUAUAUAUAUAUAUAUAUAUAUAUAUAUAUAUAUAUAUAUAUAUAUAUAUAUAUAUACAUACAUAUAUGGGUACGUGUGUGUGUAGUGAAAAAGAGUAUAUGUUAAUAUUUUACGUUGCUGAAUAUUUGAUUAAUUACGAUUUUUUUUUAUAUAAAUAAGUCUAGGAGUCUGAAAACCUGUGUCAAAAUUGACCCCCAUUUCUGGCCCCUUAUUUGAGAUAAGAGUGCCUGUCAACUGCGAUAAAGGGCCCCUGUUUGAGGUUUUUCAUCUGAGAUAAAUCGCCUUGUUCAAGGCUUUUUUUUUUAGAUAAAGGGUCCCUGUUCUAGGUUUUUUAUUUGAUAUAAAGGACCCUGUUUGAGAUCCAUUUUUGAGGUAAGGGGUUCCGCUCCAGUUGAGGGCCCUAGCUGUGCAUCAGCGGACCCCUAUUCAUAUUAGAUUGGCCUCGGGGCCCCAAAAGGUCAUAAUCCGACCCUGUUAGAGGCCGUCAUAAUGGAAUUCAUGCUUCAUGACUGUCAAGGCCUGCUGACUAAUUAUAUUAUUGUUUUAUGCCCAUUAUAUCAUCAUAAGGUGCAAAGGUGGUUACAUUCAUUUAAGAUUAAUUUGUCACUUAUCAGCAACAUUUAAAAACUACUCUCGUUUUAGCCAGAACGUGAGAAAGUAACCAACUACUAGCAUUUUAAGUGUCUAAUGCAAAAAACAAACAAACAAGAUACUGUGUGUUUAUAUAAACAAUAAUGUAUGUUAAAUCAUGCUUCUUUUAAUCUCUGAACGCACUUUUAAUCUGUGAAUGCACUCUCUCAUUAUGGGUUUACAGAUUAACGUUAUAUGUAUUAGUGAUUACUGUGACUUAAUGAUCUUUAACUUGUAUAUUCUAGAUUGCAUUGUCACCAUGUGUGACACCACCCUUUCAGAAAGGUGGUGCCUGAAAUUCAAUGAUAAUUUCAUUAUCAGGAUAAUGUUCAUAUUUCUAUUAUAAAUAGUUGUUUAAGAAUGCAUUCAAAUGUCAGUGUAUUACUAUAUAAUAUACUUUGCUAACCGGCUUGGUUUGCAUUUGAAUAUAAACUCUCAAGGCUGA